CUUUGUUAAGUAUUAAUAUAGAAGCCAAACUUAUGCCAACUGUACAUUUGAUUCCAACCAAGCUUGAAGUAGACAUGAGGAGGGCCAACCUUACAUUGGGAAUAUGAAUCAAAAUAAUGACGUUGAUUUGAACGGAACUUUUAAACGUUCGCUGUCCGUGCCAGCAGCUGUGCGACGGAAAAACAACAAAACUAUGCUCACUUGCACCCCUGGUGGUGGGAAUGUGGUGAACGGAAACGCUCGACUGAAUCGAAUUUGCGACCGCCAUGUUGUUUCAGGGAAAAAGCGAGACAUUCGAGUUAGCCGGUUCGAUCCCGCCGGCAUUGAUCUUCCUUUUGAACUCCUUAAGAAGAUAAACGAUGCGGGAAGUCAUUCUGAGGUGGGGAAGAGUAACAUCCGGAACGGAUCUGCUCACGAUCCCUUGAAACCGAUGACCUCCAAUGAUAAAGUGGAGCGAAGGAAAGAGACGAGGAUCGUACGGAAGUUGAUAAGUGUCCGGAGGAUGGCGAGCUUCACAAACCGCAGUCCCAAAAACUGUUGCAUUAAAACUGUCGAGAUCAAGAAAGAGCAAAGCGAAACACUCGGUAUUUUUAUUAAAAAACGGAAAAUUUCAAGAGGGACAGAUUUGUCUGUGCUUCCUGAUGGUACUCGAUGCAAAGAGGGAAUAUUUAUCAGUAGAUUGGAACCCAAAUGUAAAGCUGCAGUGCUGGGUCUAGUUAACCCUGGUGAUCAACUGUUGGCUAUUAACACAGUUGAAGUCAGCCAUCUAAGUGUGCAGAUGGUUGCUGCAAUAAUGGCCAUUGUUCAGCACAUGUCACUCACAAUUAGAACGCCGCAUUCGAACGAAAACGGUCGCACCAGCUCUAACCAUGUUGCUGUUACGCCUGUCGAGAAUUCUGUUAAAAGUACAAACAAACCAAGGAUGGAUGUUUUACCUGAGGACAUAGUGGUGGAAAGCAACGGCAUUAAAAUCGAUCGCAAUAGUAAUUUGAGUCGCGUUAAGGUAAAUAACUCAGCGGUAAAAAGUGUUUAUGACAACACAGUGCAAAAUACAACUAUGAACGAAACACAUACAGAAGCGCCGAAAAUUCCACCAAAAGAAUCAAAAAGAACAGCUUCCCCAAAAGUUAACAGCGAGUCGAAAUUGAAUGAAAAAUUCGACGAAUCCUUUCAGAUUUUACUUGAGGCAAUAGCUUGCCUUGAUAAACCAAAUAAUACAAACAACAACAGCAGCUUAAAGACACCGCCCCUACCACCAAAGUUGAAUCCUAAAACUAAACCACAAGAAACAACGAAUGAAAACGGGCAGCGUAGUUUACUGGAAGAAAUAUUAUCGACAGUUAAGAGCAAUAGUGAGGAGGGAAGACAGUGGACUUCCUAUGUUUCCUCUCAAAAUGAGGAAGACCACGCUCUUGAUUUGGGGAUGGCAGAUACAGUUUCGUUGCACGAACCAGAUUAUGACGAAGUAGCAGAUUCUGAUGAUGAGUCAUCUUUAUCCUCCAGUGGCGUUGAAGAAGAAGUAAGCGUGGAUGCUUAUUCCCAACCUCUACGAGAUGCAUCGGGCUCUUCGUCAUCUUCCGUGAACUCAUCCCUAAAUGCUGAGUCAGCAGAAAUAUUGCUGAAUCAUCAAAACACAGCUCGACGAUCGCAUUCGAUCGACGGCGCAAAUCUCUCUGAGUUGAAUCAUAGAAAUAAUAUUAACCACCAAGACCCAGCCUCAGGGAAAUAUAACAUCCCACCUUUCCCCACUCCUAACUUUGAUAGAACCAGCGACACUCAACCAAAGAACACACCCAGUGUUACUGUGGAUAAGAGAAGGGAAUGGCUGAAUAGAGGAACCAAAGUCUCGCAAGAAUUACAAAGCAGGUUAGACGGAACAUCCCAACCAACUAACAAUUUAACGAAGAGAAAAAACAGUUUGGAUUUAAACUUGGAAAACCAAAAGCCAUCAAAUCAGAAAUGGUUUCCCCGAAGCACGAGCAAGCGAACGACCUCCGAAUCCUCGAGUGGAAGCAAUAGUAAUGCAUCAAACUCGCCCAACACAAAUAGAACGGACCGUAAAAACUCUCUUAAAGGAAUUUUAAAAGGGAGCUCGGAAAAGAACGAAAGUUUAACAAAGAUGCAAAAAAGUCCAAGUGAAAAAUCUGCAAAACGACUUCUGUCAGUUAAUUCACCAUCUAGCCCACUUCAUAGCAAAACCAAGUUUUUUCCAACUCCUGAGCAAAGUUCUGACGUGAAAGAGAGUAAGGAUAUGAAGGAAUUAUCGACUGAUACCACAAGCAAGGAAUUAAGCCCUGAAUGGAAGGAUAAAAAAGAGUCGGUAAAUCAUAACAAAAACGAGGCGAGUGGAAGUAAAGUGACGUCGCCCGGCCGGAUGAGGAAGAAAAACUGGGGGAUGAAGAUAAUGAAGCAGUUUAAGAUGAUUCGAAGCAGUUCAGACAACGCGAGUGAAUACCGUUGUUGGGUUGGUGACGAACAAUUUGACGAACAGUUUGGUCGUGGAGUAAACCCACUCAUCCGUAACGUGACUCAGCAUAAUAUACAUAAGAAUAUUGACAGCAAUGACUCAGCGAUUCUUAACAGAUAUCAUCUCGACAUGAGCAUGGCACAACAGCGCCGCUUAAGUCGGCAACUCCUACUCGACAACACCAACACAGACCCGUCAAUCAAACCUCUAAAUUUAUCGCAGUUCCAAAAAUACAAACCACUGCCCAUGGUUAACACUCAGUUAUCUACUGCAGUUGACGGUUGUCUAGUAUUAACAUUGUACGGUGUGCGGGAGUUAAAGAAGACAUUAUGUGAAGCUUACUGUUUGGUGCAAGUAGAUGAUGCAAAGACUAAACGGAUCGGAACAACCAUGCAAACUUGCAGGGGGGCUGUGGCGUGGAAUCAAUGUUUUGAGAUGACGGUGAACCAAGCUCGUGAGCUCCACCUAGUGUUAUACACAUGGGAGAUGAGAGGAGGCAAACAGAAGGUGUGUUCGCACGCCACGUUGAACCUGGCACACCUCAUGCACGGCAAGCGACCGAGAGACAUGUUCUCCGAGAGGCUCGCAGUGAGGCUGGAGCCGAGGGGGACGCUUUAUAUUAAGAUUGGGUUGGAACACAACUCAUCUAGCACUGGCCCUCUAGUGUUCGGAGCCGAUCUCCAAAGCAUCGUUGAUCGAGAAAAUAAAAGUCUUGGAAUUCCUUCGUUGGUGAACUCGUGUAUUCAUGAGGUGGAAGAACGUGGGAUGCAGGUGGUUGGUGUAUACAGACUGUGUGGAUCAGCCAUUGUGAAGAAGAAUCUACGAAGCGAACUCGAGGCCUCCAAGAAUGAAGUGAAGCUCACUGCUGAACAAUAUCCUGAUGUUAACGUUAUAACUGGUAUAUUAAAAGACUUCUUGCGCGAAUUGCCACAACCUCUUUUCCCACCUGAGUUACUAGAAGCAGUGACAACAGCCAUGGAGAAUAAUCCAGGUCCCACACCCGUCCCAGCAGUCAAGGAACCGUUCGCCCCGAACCCUUCGUUAAUUUCCGGUGUAGAGCUUCCUCUCGUGGUAGAAGAAGCGAGCGAGGAACAAAAGCUUCGGACGGACGCGCUACUCAAACAUAUACAUGGUCUCUCUACUGCCCCCGCGGAGCAAGCGACGUUAUACGCGCUGUUGAAUCACCUCAAACGAGUUUCAAUGCACGCGCACCAGAAUAAAAUGACGUGUCAGAACCUCGCCGUGUGUUUUGGCCCCGUGUUGCUUGGCCCCGUCAAUGUGGGACCUACUAAAGGAUACCUCAACAGUAUUGACUUAUCAGCAGCCAUUGGUUUCAAACGUCACAUACAAGUGUUGAACUAUAUGCUGUCUAACUGGCCUGACACCCCUGUACUGCCACCAAGUGAUAUUAACGCAGGUGACAACAAGCGUGCAUCCCAGCGCAUGAGUUGCGUCAGUUUAACUCGUAGAUUGAGUAGGGUCUCGGUGAUGGAGGAAGAUGGGGGGGAAGAUGAGACGAUCAGGGCGUCAAAUGAUCGAGCUACACUCGUUAGUUUAGGAAGAAGUGAAUCUUUGAACAGCAUACUUGAGACUGAGGACAACUUUACUGAUCCAAACAUGGAUUAUGCAAGUAAUGCAAGUAAUGGCUUUGCAGAUUUUGCAGCAAGUUUGGUGUGAACUUCUAUCUUUGUACAGAUUACAGAACAACUUCACUUAUUUCAAGUUAUUUAGAAAAUAGAGGCGUGGCGCUUCACGCAACCCAUAAUUUAUGUAGAACAUCUUUUAUUUUAUUUGUUCCAGAGGUUUUCUUCAUUAGAUUUAUUUGUUUUCUAUGGUACAUGGCACUUUGGCGCCCCCAAUUGUACAAUAUCAGCAUAGUGCCUAAGUCUGUUUUAUUUGAUUUCUAUGGUGCUUUAAUUUGAAAUGUGUGCCGUUAUCCCAUCCCACCUUUUUAUUAUACACUGCAUGCUCAUCACUUUUACAUUUUAUCUUUUCAUUAUUUUUGGUGCAAACUUUAUUCUUUUUCACUUUUCUGCCAAUACGUUAUUUUGCCAAGGUGUUUGGCGACAUCAAGUGAAUCACAAUAAGAUUUCUAUGUUUUCGGUACAGGAUGAAAUUGCAAAAACCUACUUUGCAAAAACCUUAGAUCCCAUCCUUCCAAGGUCACCUCAAAGCUGUUUAUCUUGCCAUUAAAGUAAGCAAGUGUCCCUGGUUGUAUUGGAUCUUACCUCAAAAAAUAAUCAAGAAAUAAUUUUCAAAAAUCAAACCAAUUUUUGAAUCACAGCAAUUUUCGAUUUUUGUAAAAAUUUUAAAAAAUUCUCGUAAAUUCUACCUCAUGUAAAUAGAAGACCAAGACACAGUCAUUAUUACACAACAAUACAUAUUGUGUUUGGUCGUAAACUGCCUGCUCAAUAAAUGCACGUUGUGAUCACAGAA